GAGUGUUUGUAUGUCUUGUUGAGAAGGGGAAACAUGGCGGAAAGGAUGGAGCACCUGGAAGGAACCGGCUUUGCUAAAUUCGCAAAACGAUAAAGAACAGCCGCGAAUCGUCAAGGCAGGCGUAUUUCAAACGAAAACACGUCCUGCUGCAGAAUCUGAACCGAGGAGCGGUGCGGUUGUCUUUUCCCUUUUUCUGUUUUUUUUGUUUUGUCUGCGUGGUAACUGCAUGUGGGGGCUGCUGAGAGACUGUAGUAAGUGAGUGUCAGGAAGGAAGAGAAGAGUGCUGACUCGUGCAGUGUAUUAUUAUUUUUGCUAGGGGAUGUUCUCCUUACUUUCCUACGGCAGACUGGUUGCCAGGGCUGUCCUGGGCGGACUUUCCCAAACAGAUAGCCGGGAUUACAGCCUGAUUACAGCAAGCUGCGGCUUCGGAAAGGAUUUCCGGAAGGGUAUUUUGAAGAAAGGGAUGUGUUACGGGGAUGACGCCUGCUUCAUUGCCCGACAUAGAUCUGCAGAUGUCUUAGGUGUGGCGGAUGGCGUGGGAGGGUGGAGGGACUAUGGUGUCGACCCCUCUCAGUUCUCAGGGACUCUGAUGCGAACGUGUGAGCGUCUGGUGAAGGAAGGCAGGUUCAUGCCGAGCAGUCCUGUGGGAAUCCUCACCACCGGCUACUAUGAACUGUUACAGAACAAAGUUCCAUUAUUAGGGAGCAGCACGGCAUGCAUCGUGGUGCUGGACAGGCGGAGUCACCAGCUGCACACAGCUAACCUGGGGGACUCUGGUUUCCUGGUGGUGCGGGAGGGCGAGGUGGUGCAUCGAUCGGACGAGCAGCAGCACUACUUCAACACCCCCUUCCAGCUGUCCAUCGCCCCGCCCGAGGCAGAGGGGGCCGUCCUGAGCGACAGCCCUGAAGCUGCCGAUAGCUCCUCUUUUGAUGUCCAGCUAGGAGAUAUUAUCCUGACGGCAACAGAUGGACUUUUUGACAACAUGCCAGAUUAUAUGAUCCUACAAGAAUUAAAAAAACUAAAGAAUACUAACUAUGAGAGUAUACAGCAGACUGCGAGGAGUAUCGCAGAGCAGGCCCACGAGCUAGCAUAUGAUCCAAAUUACAUGUCGCCUUUUGCACAGUUUGCUUGUGACAAUGGACUGAAUGUACGAGGAGGGAAGCCUGAUGACAUCACAGUUCUGCUGUCUAUAGUAGCGGAGUACACAGACUAGUGGCACUGGAGAGCCAUGUUGUCUUCCUCAGUCGUGUUCUAUUGUACUGUUUCCUGCUGGCAGGACUGUGGACUCCCCUCUCCUUGCAGCUAAACCCCCAAGGCCAGUUACUCCCUGGGUCUGUAGCCACACUUCCACCACUACCAAGAAGAGGGUAAAUCUUCCUGCAAAGCAACUAGGACAGUCCUACACAGAAGAACUGUGGUGUCUGCCAACUUGGACUAUUUACCACCCUUUUGGCAUUGGGUAGACCUUCAUAUUUAUAAUGGAAUGUGACAUUAUUUUAUUCACAGGAACACGCUUGGCAGUGCCUGGUACAUCAUGGUUUCAGUCUGUGAGGUGUUUUUCCAUAAGUGUUGUUUGAUGUCAUUUGUUUAUUGUCCAGCAGGUGGCUGUAGAGACAUCACAUGCCUAUAAUAUUAGUUGUCUUGGUCCCAGUCACCUUCUGAACAAUAAACACAUUUAAAUGUGGGGUCUUUGGAUCCCCUUUCCCCUGGCUGCGAAUGUACAAACUCAAACAGGAGCAGAAAUAUGCAUUUGAAUUUCUCUCCUCUCUCUCCUGUUCUUGCAUUUUAAUGUUUCUGACCUAUAUGGACAGAAUUUGGGAGUCUGUGUGCAAGUGUUUAUUGCUGUUGCCUGAAUACUGAACUUGAGUCAGUUGGGUGGCAAAUAUGAGGAACUCAACAGUGAACAGGGAAUGAACUCUGGUUUGGUUGCCUAUGGAAAAACGGCUCCUAAUGUUUCCAAGGUUUGAUCAGCCACCAGUCAUAGAUCCUGUGUCUAUCAGAUUCCAUUUCAAAGUCUUCGAAGCGGAUACUGUAAACGGCUGCCAGUCUGGAAGGGGGCUGGCUUGAUUUAAAAUUGUCCUUGGCACUGGCAAAGGUUUAAAAGUUGAAGUUUCCUGAUCAAUUACUUGCACUUAUAAACAGUGGGAGAUGUGUAGGUUCACUGAUGAGAGAAAUGUAAAUUGUGAUUGCAUUAAAAAAAUAAAUAAAAUGAGGCAUAGUGGUAUAUAGAGGUCUGCCACAUCAGUUUGAUUGCCUUCCUCGAUGGAAGAAAACUCCAGCUGAAACAACAGGCUUGUACUUUUGUUUGCUUAGUUUUCAACAAAAAAAUGUUAGAGAAUAGCGUUCAGUAAUAAUGUUUCGUCAUCUGUUUGAGUGGCAUGUAUGGUAGCAUAUUGGAGAGCGUGGCUGUUGGUGGAACUGUCCCAAUCCCGUUUAAUUUUUUUUCUGUAUUUUAAAGUUCUGUAAUGCUGGUUUAAUGGAAUUAAGAAGGGAUGAUGUUUUGUUGCAGCACCUUAGUGUUGGUGUUUGAGUAAGGGCAGAUGGAUUUGCUUCCUAUGUUCUCUUAAAGGACAUGUAUAUUGAGGUUUGGAGUAUUUGUAGUUAGAUAAAGCUUUUAUCUCAAUACAUAUACACCGUUUAACUGUUCAGAAACACCAGGUUAGAGGUCAAAUAUCUUAAACUUCUGGCCCAUCAAUCUAGCACAGAAUUCCCCUUUUAAACACAGGUUUUUAAUUCAUUUACUGCAGUUGGAAAUCAUUACUAGUAUGGACUGGGAGUGAAAACAAAGCUUACUCAAAGCAUUUUUUUUUUAUCCCUGGAAAUGGUGAUGGAUUUCAGAAAGAGCUAAGUUAGACAAUCUGGUUCUUCCUCCAAAAUCUCCAAAGCCAUGUACAGUCCUUUUUGUUUUUAUAAAGAGCAACAUUUGCAAACAAGCCCUUCUGCAACGGUGGGUGCCGAAUGUUUAAUGGCUGUUAUCCAGUCGCUCUGAACGUGUUUUGCAGUGCAUUGACUAUGCAUCGGAGCAGGACCGGGGACCCACCUGUUGGUAUCAAGAGCGGAUAAUGCAGACCAGUCCUAUCUGAAACCAAAUGUUCUCUAAGAUACCUCGCUGGUCACAUGCAUCACAUGUCAGGGUGCUCUGAGCGAACUCUGCCCCGGGUGAAUUAAACAAACACUCUGUUAUGUCACUGGAUAACCAAGUCUAGCCAACUUGUCACAGCUGAGUGUGUGUGUGUUUGUGUAAUGUUAUAACCAGGUCUAGCUAAUUUAGCACAGCUGUGUAUGCGAGUUUGUGUAACGUUACCCUUCUCUGUUGGGACUGUAACUCCUGGAAGCGUGUGUGGGUUCUGCGUCUGAGAUUAUCUGAGUUUUUUUAUAACCUUUUAUGAAAAAUACCAUUAACGCACAAGAAUAAUAAGUUAGUACCGGUGAGUGCUUUUGUCAACAGGUAUGUUAGGUCAGAAAUGAGUAAUGAAUAAUAAAGGUUUAUUUUUAUAACUUUUUUUUUUUUCCUUUAAGUGGUUCCACAGUUCUGUAGUAUAUAAAAAAAAAUAUAUAUAUAUGGUUCUUGUACACAGAAUUUUACCACAGCCAGAUAAUUAAUUAAUGUAUCCCACUAUGGAGUUCCUAAAGCCAUCUUUUACAAAUAGACCUCUCUCUAAUAUUGUAUCUCUCUCAACCAGGUAACUUGUUUGUGAAAGGUCUUCUAAACAUUAGUGUGUUAGUGUUACAUUCACAUGUUGAACAUCAGGAUUUUCAGUUUUUGUUGUACUGUAUAUUUGCAUAACUGUUUCUGUGCAGCUUUUUAUUUUGUAAUUUAAAAUUCAACUUUUACAUGUACCAUGUACAUGUCGAUUUUACUUUAUUUAAAUGCACAUCAUGCUUCUAACAGGCAUUUCAUUUUUUUUCAGCUUUUCACUAGUUUAAACCAAGGAAUUGAUUUAAUGGACUAUUCCUGUAUUUACAUGGUCUGCUCCUCCUUUGUACAGUGAAGCUUUCUGUCUACUACCCAGCUGAACUGGUACUCUUGUCAAUUCAUCAUUGGCUAUUAAAGACAUUUGCUGGUAAAGCCUUAAGAAAAGUCUAUGUUGGUACUUGGUGUAGAAUGACUAUUUGCCAGUCAAACAGUUGAUAAUCAAAAAAUGAUUAAUAAAUCAUGUAUUUGAUAAUGUCGGGUGUUUAAUUUGUGUGUACAGUUUUGUAAACCAUUUCCAAACAGCUUGGAUUUAAAACAAAACAAAAAAACCUAUUCUAAAAUUGUUUUUCUGCAGCUGCACUUGAGACGUCUGUCUGAAACCACAGUCUUCACAAUUACUUUCCAUGUCAUUCAAACAGCUGAAAACAAUUAAUCUUGACAUUGCUAGUUCACCACGAGUACACACUUUAAACACAUAAAUAUAUCGCUGUGCUGCUCUGAAAUUGAAGGCUGCAGUUAGUCGACUGACAGUUUCUGAGGUCGACUAACUUUUCUAGUCGACUCUUCAGAGUUGCACCUAAUUUGUACCUGUCAGUUGGGAGGCAGGAGUUCAUGCCAAUGCACCUUUUAACAGCUUCUCUGUCAGAAUUGUAAUUACAAACAUGCAGUGUUGGUGAUAUCUGGAAACUAUAUUGAUCAGUGGGUCUGCAUAUUACCUCAUCCUCACACUAUUUGGGUCUAUUUCGAAUUAAACAGCAACAGAUCUAAAUAUUGUCUCCCUUAUAUUUAUAAGUGACCAGUGUUAAGACAGACUCCUCAGAUGCUGGGUAAUAGGCAGAGACUUUCUCUAUUUUCAUUGCUGUUAUUUGCCUGGCAAGUGCACCAAAGACCAGUUUUUCCCAUGUGUUCUGUCAGUCCUGUCUGUGUCUGUGUGUGUGUGUAUGUAUCAAGCAAUACUGUAAUAUAACAAUUUGUCUGUUUUUGCUGUGCUUUUUCUCCCUCACCUGAUGUCUGUACAUGUGUAUUCUUUAGGUUGCUUGCGCUUCGAACAUAUCUAGCAUUUGCGUGUUUCCUCCUGUAAAGCUGUCUGUGCACAAAUACUUAAAGAAAGGCCUUGGGGCCUCCUGACUAAAUGUUCAUAAGGAUACUGUAGUUAAUGGAUUUACUGUAAACAAAGGUAGUGUUGUGAUUGUUGCUUCAUAGCGAUGAGAACUGUGAUACCGACGUUGCACACUGAAAGUUUUGAAUUUGUAAACCUUACAAAAAAAAAAUACAAAAUGUGAACUUGAAGUUUAGAUUUUCAGUAUUUUGCUAUAUCUUGAGUCUGUGCAAUUUAAGUGUAGUGUCCCACUACAGAUCUCAACUAUAGGACACAAUAUCAAUUUGGAAGCCAGACAGGAUACGAGACCUGACAAAAGUGAUCAGACCAAAUUCAUAGAAGUGACAUAGUGGACACACCCUGUUUUGAUCCUGAGUUUGCAUUGACUUGGUUUGGUCUCUAGUGCUGUUUUAAUAAGCUUCAGAAUCACUCCAAUAUAAAAUCUGGUAGUUUAUUUUCAAGAUAACUACUUUUAUUCAUUGGUCAAAAUGAGUCCCUAUGUAAAACAAGCUAUAUUUGAUAAGUUUGCAACUUGCUCUUGUAGACCUGUCAAACUCUCCUCAAUUUGGCAUUCUUGUUAUCUUGUUUUUGGCAAGGUAACUAAAUGAAUAUUUUGAAGUUAUUUAAUCCUGGCUGGAGUGCAAAUGCUUUCCUAUUUGGUUUCUGUUCAAUUAACCUUUCAGUGGUAAUCCCGAGACAGUAGAAGAGUAUGUGCACCACAAUUGAAUAAACUGUUCUCAAUGUUAAACAUAAAUAAUAAAAAAAAUGUAUGUCGUGUCUUUGGUGUAUGUGUGAAGGCAAGCUAAUUGAAGCGGGUCUGAAGUGGAGAUGUAGGAAAGAGUUGGCAUUUCAAACACACACCAUAUCCGCCUGCACAAAUCCAGUUCCAUGUGUUUAAGCCCUUGCAAAGCUAGCUUGCCCAGUCUCGAAAACCAGAAUGUUCUCAAAUUCUACUCCUGAAGGUGCUUCUGCUUUCAGGACCACAUUUGAACUUUCUUACUUGUUCUCUUACUUUUUCUCUCUAUUGCUCGCUCGCUGUGGAGGCGUUUGCUGUGUACAAUACAAUAAUGCAGGAAUAGUUUCUGUAAAUAUGUUUUAAGAGCUGUACAAUAUUUAAAUAAAGAAUAUAGUAUUUAUACUAA